UGGGCGCGCAAGUUCAUGCACCACUGCUCGUACGAGCUCGCGCGGUACGAGAACGUCGACGACGACAUGUUCCUGCGGUACUACGAGGUCGACCCGGUCGACGUCAUGCAGCGCGCGUACGAAAAGACGCUCGGCGAGUGCAAGGAGGAGGGCACGAUCGGCUCGUCGACAGCGCUCCUCGCCGUCCUGCGCAACGACGAGCUGCGACUGGCCAACCUGGGCGACUGCAGCUGCUGCGUCAUCCGCGGCGACGAGUACAUCUUUCGCUCCGAGGAGCAGCAGCACCGGUUCAACUACCCCUUCCAGGCCGGCACCAACGCCAAGGACGUGCCCGCACGCGACGCGCAAAAGUUCACGGUCAAGGUGCAGCGAGACGACAUUGUCAUCCUCGCGAGCGACGGCCUCGUCGACAACGUCUUUUCGGACGACCUCCUCGAGGAGGUGCUCCGGUUCGUCGGCUCGUCGCACGCCACCUCGUCCUCGUCUUCCUCGGCGCCACUACCACCACCACCCUCGUCGUCGUCGUCGUCGUCGUCGUCGUCGUCGUCGUCGAGCACGGCCCCGCGGUACACGCUGCGGCGCUUCUCGCCCCAGGCCGUUAGCGAGGCGCUGUGUUUCCGGGCCAAGAGCGUGUACGAGGACCAGCGCGCGGUCGCGAGCCCGUUCCAGCAGCGCGCCAUGGACGAGGGCAUCCACUUUGCGGGCGGCAAACCCGACGACGUGAGCUGCUUGGUCGGCGUCGUCGGAGAGCUCGAGGCGGCACCGAAUCGCCGCGACGUCCAGUGAGCGGCGGCUCUCGGACCUCGUCACCUGACCCUCCCUCUAGACUCUCUCUUUCUCCUCAGUACCUCGCUCCUUCUUCUCCUCCUCCCUCUCGGUUGUACGGCCCUCUCUCUUCUCUCGAUUGUUGUGCAACGACGUUCUCUCUCUCUCG